AUGAGGCACCGGUUGUCCAAGGAUGUGCAGCUCCUGGCCCUGCGAUCGCGCCAGCUGUGGUCUGGGAUGCCCUCCAAGGGAGGGGUUGCCCCAGGGGUGCCAAAGCCCGAGGCUGCACCCUCGGCGCUGGGCGGCAGCGGCACUCUGCCGGAGAGCCGCCUGUCCUGGGCGGAUCCCCGGCGCCCCGUGAGCAUCAGCCAGGGCGCCCUGGCUCUCAUCCUCAUGGGUGGCGUCGCCCUGGGCGCGCAGCACGACAGGCUGGGCGUGGCGCAGCACGGCGGGGCAGCCUCCACGCCAUCUUCUACGCCGGGCGCUGCGUCGGCCCUCUCCCACCAGCUGGCAGGGCACCUGCCGUCUUUCGGCGCCCUGUCCCAGGCCGCUCCCGGGCCCCCCUGCCUCUCCCCCCACUUCAUCGCGGACGCGGCAGCCAAGGCCGCCCCCGGCGUGGUCAACAUCGUGGUGGUCGGCCGCGGCCCCUUCCCCGUCGGCUCCUCCGGCUCCGGCUUCCUGUGCGACCCCGAUGGCACCAUCCUGACCAACGCGCACGACGGGCGCGUGUUUGAGGGGCGCGUGGUCUCCUCCGACGCCGUCUCUGACCUGGCGGUGGUGCGCGUGGAGGCUGGCGCGCCGCUGCCCUGCGUGCGGCUGGGCUCCGCCUCCCGCCUCCGCGUCGGGGAGUGGGUGGUGGCCCUGGGCUCCCCCCUGCACCUCCAGAACAGCGUCACCGCGGGCAUCGUCUCCUGCGUCGACCGCCGCGCGGCCGAGCUGGGCCUGGCCGGCGCGCGCACCGACUACAUCCAGACCGACGCCGCCAUCAACCGCGGGAACAGCGGCGGGCCGCUGCUCAACCUGGCGGGCGAGGUGGUGGGCAUCAGCUGCAUGAAGGCCCUGGCCGCCGACGGCGUCUCCUUCGCCAUCCCCGUGGACACCGCGAUAGACGUCAUGCGCCAGCUGGCGGCGCACGGCCGCGUCAUCCGGCCCCACGUCGGCAUCAAGAUGCUGGAGCUGACGCGGCACAGCGCCGCGCGCUUCCGCGAGCGCGACCCGGGGUUCCCGGACGUGACCGCGGGCAUCCUGGUGCCGGCGGUGACGCCCGGGUCGCCCGCCGACCGCGCCGGCCUGCGCCAGGGGGACCUGUACUACAUCAAGCCCCCCAAUCGCCAGGACCACCUGGGUACCACUGUCCCACAGACAGUCCUUGGUCUUGUACUCAUCCCAGCAAUGCAGCUGUGA